UAGUAGACAGAUUGACAACAGGAAUUGAUAUACCACAUUUGUCCCUAUUGUAUAUUGACAAACGCAUCAGACAACUUCAUACUCUUAAUCAGACAAUUAAAAGAGUUAAUCGUUCUUACCCAAGAAAGACAGUUGGGGUAGUUGUCGAUUUUAUUGGCUUAGCGACAAACCUUUCGUCAAUUAGUGCCUUGAUACCAAGAAGAAAUAUUGGUAAAUUAGCCCAACAAGAAUUAGAAGAAUUAGAGAGCAAGCUGCCAAAUUAUAAAGAAAAAGAAUUUGCGGGAAUAAAGCUGCUUACUGAGAAAAUUAUUCAAAAUCCUUCUUUGCGACAUCUUUUGAGAAGUAAGGUUCGUAAAUUUAUUAGUUUUCUUCAUCAUGGACAAGAACAACUAAACUGGGAACAAAAACAAAAGAUAAAAAAUUAUAUUCUUCUUGAUAAUAAUGUUAGAAAUGCUGAAGAAGCGGUUAAUGAAGAUAAAUGA